CGGGUGGUUCAGGGUCUUCAUGGUUCCAUCUGGAGCUUCUCUCCUGCACUCUCACAUCAUCUUCAUAUCAGCUGCUGCCAUCUCCAGAUGGUUCUGGUGUCAGGCAGCAGAACCAGGAGGAACCAGUGGACCUCCUCCAGACGACACGCUGAGCAGCAUUACUUCAUCUAAACCUGAUUUCAGAACGUCGUCUGACAACAAUCACAGGAGUUACAAACAACGAUGAGCUGAGAAUUCACUCAGAUUUACUGUAAAAUGAUCCUCAGAGAAAAGUCAGAAGAUAGAGUCCUGCUGUCACUCAUUCAUCUGUCAGUCACAGUCUUCUUCCUGAAGGGGGCGGGGCCAUCAACCGGGGGUGGGGCCAGCAGCAACUCAUUUAAAGCUAGAGAGUUCAGAAUAAAGCCAGGAUGAUGAAGUCAUGGAGGAACGAAGCAUCUCUGAAGCACUGUUAGACAUUUUCUAAAGACAUGAGACACGUUCAUGUGAUGAAACCUGGAACAGUGUAACAGCAUCAGUACUGAAUGUUUUCCUGUUAUGAGGCUGCUGGAGAACAACACUGUGUCUCUGUCUGCACAGAGGGCCAUGCAAUCAUUUUCCAUUUGUUCCUGCCGUUUGAGAGACAGACUGUGAACCAGGAUGGGCUUCGGUCGGGAUCUGAGGAAUUCCCAUGAGGGGUUACUGAAGCUGCAGGACUGGGAGUUAAAGCUGUUGGAGACAGUGAAGCGUUUCAUGACUCUGCGGGUGAAAAGUGAUAAAGAGUACGCCGCCCUCCUCCUCAGCAUGACUCAGCAAACAGAGAAACAAGAGACUGCAGACUACGUCAGCACCGUCAGCAAGUCGUGGUCACAGGUGGUUCGUCAGACCGAGGCGUUGGGGCGAAUCAUGAGGAGUCAUGCCGACGAUCUGAACUCCGGCCCUCUACACCGCCUGGCCACGCUGAUCCGAGACAAGCAGCAGGUGAAGAAAAGCUACCAGAGUCUUCAUCAGCAGCUGGAGAGCCACAACCACAAGGUAACCAGAAGUGAGCUGGAAAAGCUAAAGGCAACGUAUCGUCAGCUGAGCCGUGACGCAAACAACGCCAAAGAGAAAUACAGAGAAGCUCUGGCCAAAGGCCGGGAGGCAGAGCGUGCCCGUGAGCGCUAUGACAAAGCGACGGCGAAGCUCCACAACCUUCACAAUCAGUACAUGUUGGCGGUUUGUGGUGCUCGGACCCAGCAGGACGACCACCGCCGGCACGCGGCGCCUGCCCUGCUGGACGGCCUGCAGAGGAUGCAGGAGGACAUGACGCUCGCCCUUAAAAGUAUCCUGGAGGAGUACUGUGAGAUCAGCAGCCUGCUGACUGAGGAGGUUGUUAAGGUCCACCAGGAGAUCUCAGCAGCUGUUCAGCAGAUCGAUCCUCUGACUGAGUACCAGCACUUCAUCGACGCCUACAGAUCUCCGGAGACUCCGGAGGCGAGCGUGGAGUUUGAUGCGUCCCUAUUGGAGGACACGGACAACCUGCCGGCCAAUGAGCUCCUGUGGAACACGCUGACCGCUGACAGCCUGCAGGCCAUUGUGACAUCAGCAACUGAGGAACUGGCGCUGACUCAGCAGAACCUGCGGACCAAGGAGGCGUUGGCCGAUGAUCUCGAUGCCAAAAUCCAGAUGAGUCAGCAAAGCGCGGAAAGGAAGAGCGACUGUGUGCUCCUGCUCAGUCAGAAGUUGUCCCUCCUCGAGCUGCGUCACACCGUCCAAUCCCUGCGCGGCUCUGAGGCCUGUCUCUCCUCCCAGAAGGCCCUUCUGGACGCCAAGAUGGCCGCCGCUGCCUCCCCUCCUCCGCCACCGCCUCCCCCUGCGCUACCAUAUGAGGAUGAUGCCCGCUCUGUGGGAUCCACCUUCUUCUCCUUGUGCCCCCUGCAGCAGUUCUUCGACGUGAUCCCCACGUCAGAGCGCCCCCUGGCAGAGCAGGAGUGGUACCAUGGAGCCAUCCCUCGCACUGAGGCGCAGGAGUUACUACGGCAACAGGGAGACUUCCUGGUCAGAGAGAGUCACGGCAAACCGGGCGAAUACGUGCUGUCCGUGUUUUCUGACGAGCAGCGCCGACACUUCAUCAUCCAGUACGCAGAUAGUCAGUACCGCUUCGAAGGGACCGGCUUCUCCACCAUCCCUCAACUCAUUGAGCAUCACUUCUCCACCAAACAGGUCAUCACCAAGAAGUCUGGAGUCGUGCUGCUCAACCCCGUCAUCAAGGACAAGAAAUGGAUCCUGAACCAUGAGGAUGUUCUGCUCGGAGAGCUCCUGGGAAAGGGUAACUUUGGCGAGGUCUUCAAAGGGACGCUGCAGCGCGACAAAACACCGGUCGCUGUUAAAACGUGUAAAGAGGAUUUACCUCCUGAGCUGAAGAUCCGCUUCCUGUCCGAGGCCAGGAUCCUGAAGCAGUACGACCACCCGAAUAUCGUGAAGCUGAUUGGUGUUUGUACGCAGCGUCAGCCGAUCUACAUCGUCAUGGAGCUGGUUCCUGGUGGAGACUUCCUGUCCUUUCUGAGGAAGAGGAAGGACGAGCUGAAGACAAAGCAGCUGCUGCGCUUCGCAGUUGAUGCUGCAGCAGGAAUGGCUUACCUGGAGAGCAAGAACUGCAUCCACAGGGACCUGGCAGCGAGGAACUGCCUAGUGGGGGACAGCAGUGUGUUGAAGAUCAGUGACUUCGGGAUGUCUCGUCAGGAGGAUGACGGAGUUUAUUCUUCAUCUGGACUCAAACAGAUUCCUAUCAAAUGGACCGCACCUGAGGCUCUGAACUAUGGUCGUUACAGCUCAGAGAGUGACGUGUGGAGUUACGGCAUCCUGCUGUGGGAAACCUUCAGUCUGGGGGUGUGUCCGUAUCCUGGGAUGACCAAUCAGCAGGCUCGGGAGCAGGUGGAGAAAGGUUACAGGAUGGCGUGUCCUCAACGUUGCCCUGACGAUGUGUACAAAGUGAUGCAGCGCUGCUGGCAGUACAACCCUGAAGACCGACCCAAGUUUUCAGAGCUGCAGCGAGACCUUGCUUCCAUUAAAAGGAAGUGAUGUCACCAACAGGAAGUGAUGUCAUCAGCAGGAGACACUUUUAUUUAUGUUAAUACAAAAUGGGCGUGGUGAGUACGUGGGCGUGUCCGCCAAGUGGGCGUGGCUUUUGUAUUGUCUUCACUCAGAUGAUUACUAACAUGGAGGUUAGCAUGGAGCUGCAGGUUAGCACGGAUGGUUUAGCAUCAAAUUAAAGUCAGUUAUAACCGUAAACAAACAGCAAAACAACAACCUGUAAACAACACUGAAAUGGUAAACACAGUGAACAAAAAGUAAACACUAAAAUAAUAAACAGUAAACAGACACUAGUGCAGUAAACAAGCUCAGACCAUAAACAGACACUGAAAGAGUAAACAAAGCGUAUACAAACAAUAACACUAAAACAAUAAACACGUGGCAAACAAACACUGAAACUGAAACAAACAGUAAAACAGAAAACAUGAUAGUUUCAUGACGCUUCAGCGCUGGUCUGUAUUUGUUUUAAUUUUACGACGUGUCAGUUUGCUAACCCUGUCAAAAGCAGACUGAAGAUGUUGAGCCACAUCCUCUUCACGCCACCUCACCUGUAACCAUGGCAACAGAUCUGUUCACUUUGAACCAAUCAGCUCCUAACACUAAACAGUUUAUUUUUUUAUCUUUACUGAUUUUUAUUUAUUGUUUUUAUUAGUUUUACUUUCUGACUUUAAAGGUAAACUGACCUUCAUUUUGAAGAAACAGCUGUCAAUCAUCACAGACCACGCCCACCUGAAGCCUUAUUUUGACCAAUCAGUGAACUCAACCAAUAGCCAGUUAAACAUCACCAGCACUUUGUUUAGCUACUGGUUCUUGUGGAAACUCACUUAUUUACAAACGAACUGAACUGUGAGUCCUGAUUGGUCGGCAUCACUUCCUGGACUGCGUAAGGGUGGAGCCUGAACGUUGAUGGUGAUGUCAGAGCUCGAAGCUCCGCCUACUGACUGUUACUGUAAAUAAACACUAAUCGUCUGUGUUUUCUAUUUGUUUAAACUCUUUAUAAAAUUAUUAUUAUUGUAUCGUUUAUUAUGAAAAUUAAACAUACAAAGCGAAAAUAAAAAAUAUUUCGAAUAUUUCAA